AUGGAUGAAGAAACCGACCGCUUCCCGCUGCACACGGCAGCUCGUCUCGGUCAAGUAUCGAGGGCGGAAGCACUACUCAAGGCACGAUUCACAGCACCUUUUCUCUUCGCGGUGGUGGUGGUGGUGCAUAACGACCCCAAGCUCGCCAGGAAGCAAGAUGACGACGGCCGGUACGCCGUGCAUUGGGCCGCGUCGUCCAACAGCUUCGACAUUGUGCUGAUGCUCGCCGACCUGCCCGGCUUCGACCCCGACGUUCAGACCGCCCUCCACUUCGUCGCCUCCAAGAAGAACAUGGACGUCGCCCGCCUCCUCCUCGUCGCCGCCAAGCCCCCGGCCUCGACGCGCGUCCGCGACCGCCGCGGCCAGUACGCCGUCCACCGCGCCGCCGCCGCCGGCUCCGUCCCCAUGGUCCUGCUGCUGCUCCGGAACCGCAGCCCGCUCAACCCCACCGACGGCGAGGGCUUCACGCCCCUGCACCACGCCGUCGCCGAGGGACACGGCGACGUCGCGGUGGCGCUGCUCAAGGAGGGAGCAGACUUCACCAUCAGAAACAGCGCCGACGAGCUGGCGCUGGACCUGGCACCGGACAAGGAGGUACGUGCGGCACGGCAUCACCACGCGUGGGAAUAACACACCAAGCGGCAAGUGUAUUUGUCAACUAACCGACGUCUCCUUCAAAACAGGUGCGCCUGUACAUAAUGCGUGGGGCCGAGCGCGAGGGCGUCGACCUGUCUUCUUCUUCGUAACUAUGAGAGAUAGACGCCGUGUAAUGAGGCAAAUGCUGGCAGCCGUCU